GUUGGUUGAGGUUGAUGCGUCGUGACCAUCGUAGAUACACUACAUAAGUCGUGACUGCUGUCUUUACCUUGCACACUUGCUAGUACAAUUUACAAUUUUAACCUUAUAUUUUAAUAUACUUUAUUAAUAUCUUUAGUAUAUUAAAUUCUCAUUGUUCUACCUGUGUUGUGACGCUCCAUAAUUAUUUACAAUUGAUCUGCAUUCGUACUGAUAUACAACAAUAAGUAUAAAAAAACAUAUAUAUAUGUAUACAUAUAUACAAAGAAAGAGAAAAGAAAAAAUACUGGAGUAUCGUCAAGAUGGCUUAGUAACACUCAACUUAGCAAUAUAUACUCUGCGAUAAACACUUGCAAUUAAUAUUUUUUUUUAACAUUUUAGUUAUUAAUAUAAUCAAAAUUUUAUUAAUAAAGUUAAUUUAUUUUUAUUUCAUCACGUUGUUUAUAUAAUUAUUUGACGAGUAAAAAACUCUGACGUGAUGUUUUAAUACAGUGAUUUUAACUAUGAAAAAUAUUAAUAUGGAAGGAGAAUAAUUUUUACUUAAAAGGUGAAAAAAAAUAAACGAGAAUGAAAACACCGGCGAUAAUUGAAACAAAUAUGAAAAAUGAAGCCCAAGAGGAAGCUAACUCAUUGGACACUGCUACAAACACCGCAGCUCCGUUUAACCAAUUACAAUUAUCUAGUAAUGAUAGUAAAAAUAUAUCAAUAGAUAAUAAUAAUUUAUUAAUGAAUAAAAGUACACAACCAUUAACAUCAAUUGAUGAAGCAAAAGAAGUAAUAACAAGUGAAGAUAAAAAAGAAGAAAUAAAAAUUCUAGAUUUUAAAGAAUUAAAUAGUGUUGAUUCAACAGAUGAAUUCGUGCCUAUUAAUAAUAUUGAUAAGACAGUAGUCGGUCUUGAGAUAUCAGAUGAGGAAGCCAAACAAUUGAAGCAUGAUGUACGUAGACUAUCUCCAGUGCUUGUGAGUCUUCGUGAACGUACUCUUGGUGAAAUAUCAUUGACACCAGAUAAUAAUAAUAGUAAUAAACAAUUGUUAGAUCGUAAUAUUAGUCAAAAUAAUAAUAGCAAUCUUGAUAAAAUUAGUAAUAGUAGUUGUAAUAGUAAUCAACAAUUAGAAGAUAUAAUUAAUUUUGAAGAAUCAAUAGGCAAUUGUUUACUGACUGAUAAUUGUAAAUUAUCAUUAGAAGAAACAAUCAAUCAAAAAGAAUUAAUGGUUGUAUUGUCACGUGUUGACGAAAAUAAUGAAUUUAAAAUAAAAGAUGAAUGUGGUGAAAUAAUUAAAUCUCAAUUAAAAAUAAAUAAGCGGCUUGAAAACGAAUUUGAUCAAUUGGAGCAAAAAGAAAAUCCAGUGUCGGAAGUAAUUACUGAAUCAAAAAUUAUUGGAAAAGAAAGAAUCGAUUCAGUUGAUUUAGAAUUAAUUUCUAUGGCGACAACGGAUACUAUUCAGAAUUCGGCAACUGAAUCGGGUGUUGAUGAAUUAGAGUUUAAACAAGAAUCAAAACAUGAAACUAAAUUCAAUAGUAUUCAAAUUGAUGUUGAUGAUAAUCUUGAUGCUGAUGUUGAUGUUGAUGGACUGACCUGCGAUGAACCUUCAUCGUUGACCAGGCUUACGUCGAUCAUCCAAGAACCUGAGGAAGAUUCUGCGGAAAGUUUGGCGCUCAACACCGGAGCUGCUGGGGACGAAGUUAGAUCAGAUGGAAGCGAUUCAGGCUUAGGAAGUGAAAUUCCUGGCGAUCCUGGGAUCCAACCAGCACCUGAAAGUGACUCGGAGACGUCUUUUCUUGAUAGAAUUCCAGAAGAUAUUCUUGGAGAUAAAGAAAAAGUAAUCAAUCCACUUAAAACUUCGAUAUCAGUAGAUGAAAAUAGCGAGGCUUCAUUGACACUACUACCGUUGCCAACCAUUGGAACCCCACAAAAAAGCAAUUUAAAACGACGAAUAACUGAUUAUGCGAAAGGUGAACAACCAUCCGCUAAGAGAAGUAAUAACAAUAAAGAUAAAGAUGACCAUCAUCACCAACAACAGCAGCAGCAGCAACGACAACAACAAGAGGAUCAAGAACAGCAAGAUGAAAAACAACCGAUUAUAGCAAAAAAACGCAACAUACAUUUUGAUGCUGUUACGGUUUAUUAUUUUCCACGAGCUCAAGGUUUUACUUGUGUUCCAUCUCAGGGUGGUAGCACACUGGGUAUGAGUGCAAUUCACACACAUGCUGAGAGAUUUUCACUAACAGAACAUGCUGCCGAACAGAGAAGACUUCAUCGAGCGCGAUUAGCUCAAUUGAGAUCUGAAAGAGCGGCUACUUGUAUCGCUGAGGCUGCAUCAAGUUCGGAGGACCCAAGCGAUGAUACCGACGAAGAGCCCAGUGACACCGAGGAUCUUGAUAUUGAUAGUUAUUAUUUUCUUCAACCAGUACCAACCUGGCAGAGACGAGCUUUGUUACGUGCUGCUGGUGUACGCAGAAUAGACGGUGUUGAAAAAGACGAUUGUCGUGAUAUUCGUGCAAGUAGGGAACAUUGCGGCUGUGGCUGUAAAGGAUAUUGCGAUCCUGAAAGCUGUCCUUGUUCACGAGCCAAUGUUAAAUGCCAGGUUGAUCGUGCUGGUUUUCCAUGUGGUUGUUCACGUGACGGUUGUGCUAAUAGUUCAGGUCGCAUAGAAUUUAAUCCAAUCCGUGUACGAACGCAUUUUAUCCACACAUUAAUGCGACUAGAGCUUGAGAAAAAACAGCGUGAAGAAGAAAUCACAACAUCAACAGUAACUGCAGCAGCAGCAACAACAGCACCAACGACAGGAACACCAACAAUCAUUACAACAACAACAGAAGCUUCUAAAUCCACAACAAUAACACCAGCAGCAGUUUUAUCCCUGCCAACAGUAUUUGAUCAAAAAAUAAAUGACUUAGAACAAUCUAAUCAUAAUCAUCUAUCAGAAUCAUCAUCAACAGAUGCUUCUAUUGGCAUUUCUACUGGCUUAACAACUCUUCAUUACAACAAUGCUGAUACAUUAGAUUUAACAAAAAUAAAAAAACCAACAACACCUCCACUGCCAUCAUCUGCAAUUUUGCCAUUACAGUCAACACGUGAAAAUAAUCUUGAUUUGUAUGGCGUGCGGGAUAAUUGCUAUUCAAAUGAAGAUAUUGCUAAUAAAAUUCCACAAGAAUUUAAUCAAGUUUUUCAGGGUUUUACUGGACCAACUUUUCAAUCUAACUAUGAAAAUUAUUCAAGUUAUGAAUUAGGACCAUCAACAUCACGGCAUCAUCAAAAUAAUUACCAUUAUUAUCAACAUCAACAUCAGCAUCAGCAUCAGCAACAAGAACAUCAGCUGCAAAAUCAUCAAAACAAAUUAAAACAGCAGCAACAAAAACCACAAUUUAUCCAGCAAUUCCAACAAGCGUUUACUCAUUAUAAUAAUUACCAAGAUUCUUCAACGGCAGCAUCAGCUUCUGGUGAUGUUGCUGCUGGACCGUCAAUUUCUUGUGAGGCAAUUCAGAAAAACAGCCACGGCCAGUCUAAAAUUUAUCAGCAAUCUCCGACAGAAGAUAAUCCUCCUCUGCAGUACACUAAUUUAAAUUCAGUAAGACAAUCAACCAGUGCUGCUCAACACAUGGGAAAACUUGAACCCUUUUCAGACUUAUUAGCCGGACGGUACUCUUAUUACGAGCAAGCUGAAUCCCAUUCUUUGAAUAAUUAUCAGCUGGUUAAUUCUGUUAAGGAUAGUAGCAAUCAUCACCAUCAUCACCAUCAUCAUCAUCAUCAUCAUUAUCACCAACAUAAAAAUAAUGACGGUAAUCAUGACAAUGAUAAAGAAAAAAAUAUUGGCAAUUGUAAUGAUAAUAAUGACUAUGGUAAUAAUGGGAUUAAUAGUGAUGUUAAUAAUGAAAUUAAUAAAGCUGAAGAAAAAACAACUGAUAAUAAUGAAGAAAAUUUUGGAGAAAUAAUUAAAAAAUCAAUCGUUGAGACAGUGUCUGCUUAAAAGUGCCGAAUUUUUAAAUUUUAUAAAUAAGUGAUUAAAAAAAAAUAGAAUUAAAUAAAAAAAAAUUUUUUAAAUGG